AUGGAAAACCGUACAAAAGGAGACAAUGACGACACUAUCACAGAGGUGUCAAGGAGAAGCAACCAGCACAAGCCCAUGCCUCCUGAUCAUAUUCUGAAGACCCUAAUAACCAAGUACUACAAUCUGGGUUUCAAUGAUAAGAAAAUCCACGACUACUUGGUGAAGGAGAUCGAUGUGGAGAAAUACGGUGUCCCUGGGUACACAAUCGCCCGACGACGCAAGGAGUGGGAACUUCUCUCGGUCAGAAAGCAAGGCCAUACCAUGGAGAGCAUUCACGAGAACGUGCAGGCACUGAAGCAACGCUUUCCCGGCAUGGGCGCACAGAGUUUGAAGGACUCUUUACGUGUAUGGGAAGGUCUCCAGGUCCCUCGAACCCUCCUUCGAGACUAUCUAAAGACGACGGAGCCUGAAGCUGUGGCUGCCAGGCGUUAUCGAGGGAAGUUCAAACGGUACCGGUUCUGGUGCGUUGGUGUCAAUGAUUUCUGGAGUUUCGAUCAACACGACAAGUGGGGACCUCGCUUCGGACUGUGGCUACAUGUUUGCAUCGAGCCCAUGUCAGGGAAGAUCCUAUGGCUCAAGAUCUGGUGGACAAAUAGUAAUCCUCGUCUCAUUGCAAGUUAUUACCUGGAAGCUGCGCGCGCCCUCAAAGGCGUACCUCUCGUUACUCAGAGUGAUCCCGGCUCGGAGAACUACGGCAUCGCUCAUGCUCAUACAUUCAUUCGGCACCGACUCGACCCCUCGCUUGAAGGCACACUCCAGCACCGAUGGAUGCGAAACAAGAUGAACAUAAAGCCUGAGAUAGCUUGGUCGCAGUUGCGUAGUAACUGGGCCCCCGGGUUCGAGGCCCUGCUCCAAUCUGGCGUAGACCAGGGACUGUAUGACCCCAGUGAUUCUCUGCAAAGUCUCGUAUUUCGUUGGCUAGUGAUCCCCUGGCUCCAGCGGGAGCUCGACUUGUACCGAUUCAGGACCAAUAGUACCCAGCGUCGAGCCAAAAAGACGAAGGUUCUUCCUCGUGGUAUUCCUGAUCUCAUCUUUGAAAACCCGACGAUGUUCUCCACUUGCGACUUCAAGGUCGGUGUCCCAGCAGAGCUCUUCGAUGAAGCCGAGCGAAACUGGGCUCCAAGAGACCAUGUCGUAUUCCAGCUAGUCCCUCCAGGGUUUCAGCUUCAUGUGUCACGCAUCUACUCAGCACUCGGAGAACCGGACGUAUCAUAUCAGACCUUUUGGGUUGUCUACCGAGACAUUCUAACGGGUUUUUACACACUCGCCGAUCACACUGCUCAUGAAUACCAGAUGUUACUUCAAGACAUCUCGGAAUCUACGCAGGCUGAAAAAGAGGCGGCAGAAGAGCGUUUACAGAAACCGGAGGGUUUGCACCCUGUGGCUCAAGGUGCGCCAGUGAUCGGUCAGUUACCCCAUGGCGUACGUCAGAUACCCUUGGCCGAAUUGCAGGGGGAUAUUAGUGGUGAUACUGGUAUAGAAGACGGUGGGGCCGUUGGGAUGGAGCACGACGACGAGCAUUAUUUUGUAUUUUCAUCAGAUGAAGAGGAGCUAGACGAAAAUGAUCCAGGGAUGUUUUAA